UGAAGAGAAUAGGCUUGACAGCUCAUUAGAAUGUGAUCCCUCCUCCUUUCUUUCUUUCUUUUUUUUUUUUCUUUUUUUUUUUUUUUCCCCUUUUCUUGAAGUUGAUGGAAACUCAUUCAGGAAAGAAGUACUUAUUUGCUGAGGUAAAGCAAAAGCUGAGGAGGGUUUUGCCAGUGUGCAGCUGAGGAGAAGGAGCAGCAAGAGAAGUCAGAUGUGACCUGCACUCAGAGGCACCUGAACUCUUGCCUAGCGCGGGGAGAGAUGAGGAUGGGAGAGAGGUGAGAUUCUGCAUCCUGACAGCUGCUUGCGGCAUCGGGACUUGCUGCUCAUUGCUUCGUUAAAGAAAAGUGAAGAUAAACACAACUAAAGAGGAAGAGAAGCUAGACUUGGGAAAAUUUCAUCUGCUCCGAAUGGACCUAGGUGCAUCCUCAGGUUCUUUGCUUCUCCCUGUUUCCACUUUUAUGAUAUGAGAAUUUUUUCCUUCGAAGGCUGAGCGCUUGGCUGAGCUGUGAUGCUUUCAGCCUCUUUGCAAGAGCAGUGGCUGUAGGAACCCUGGGUUACGUUUCCGCAGCAUCUCGAGAGGAAAGGAUGAGGACUUACCACUGAGGAAAGGGAAGCAUCAUCCAAGAGAGAACGGAUGGAAUGCAUUCAAGACGCCUUUGAACUGAGCACGGUGCUUCACACAACAGAAAGUGAAAUCUCCUGUUGAAGAGGAACAACCGAACCACCCCCCUAAUGAGUUUGUGUUGUCAGCUCUGGCCUGAGCAACUGUUGCCCUGAGCAAUUUGACUUCUUUAGGUUUCAUAGUUGAGUGCAUUUUAAACGAGUCUGAAGAUUAUUGGGGGGGUGGAGGGAAGUGACACUUCAAGGUGGGUGGCAGGGCUUUCCAGAGCCUCCUGUAUUUAUGUAACUUCCAGAGGCUGAAUGGACUUACCUAUUUCUUCAAGUGAAUCCAGAUUUUCAAACAAGUUUAUCUCUACCAUUUCCAUGUGUCCUGCUUGAACAGACAUCUCUCCAGCCACCAGCGCAUCCCUGGACGCUGCUCGUUUGACGUUGCGUAGCCCAGAGGAUCAACUUUAAUUGUUCUAACCGGUUUAUUUUUCCUUUUUUUUUUUCUUUUUUUAGAGCAAAGUCUGUGUCUGUUCCUAUUAUUGGUGGUGAAGGUUUUUGUGCUUGGAGAGUGCCCUUCCCGGCUUGGCCCCUCCCCUCCCUUUCCAAAAUGAAGGGGUGCACCUGGGUAUUUGUGGCAACUUUACUUUGUCAGCAGUUUUGUCUCUUCAUAGUUAUAGCAGCGAAGAGAGAGAGAAAGAUGAAGAAAGAACCUAAUCAGUAUACAGACCCUUUCAAUGCUACCCUCUCGAACAGCGAAGAGCUGCACGGGCAUCCCAAGAUCCUCGAAUCUCCAGAUCCUCGAAUCACAGAUCCACGACGGACCUGGAUCUCCUUUGUUCACCGCCCGGACGAUGGCAAUACCUCUAAAAGGAGAUGCAAAGGGAAAGACAAGAAAUUACGUGGGCUUGUUGGGCCCCCAGGACCUCCUGGCCCCCAGGGACCUCCAGGAGCACCUGGUGCUGAAGUCACCCGAGAAGUCCUUCUGCAGGAGUUUAAGGAGAUAUUAAAAGAAGCCAUUGAGCGUCGAGCAUCCAUGGCUAUUCCAGCCCAUCCUAGCCAGCUGCCCCCACUGCUGCUCUCCUUGGAGGAAGUCUCACCCCACAGGCGUGUAGAAGAGGCGUUCCAUUGCAAGCUAAAAGGACAAGUCACCGUAGACAAGAAGACUCUGGUAGAACUUCAGAACUUCCAGUCGCCUCUGGCCAAAGGAGCCUUUCUGCGGGGGACAGGAUUAAACCUGGCCACAGGCCGUUUCACAGCACCUGUGUCUGGCAUCUACCAGUUUUCAGCCAAUGUCCACAUUGACCACAGUGAGUUGAAGAGUAAAGUCCAGCUCCGAGCCAGAGAUAACGUCCGAGUGCUGAUCUGCAUCGAAUCUCUGUGCCACCGAUACACGUCUUUGGAAGUUAUCGCUGGUCUGGAAAGUAACAGCAAAAUCUUCACCGUCUACGUACACGGCUUGCUGCAGCUGCAGGCUGGCCAGUACACCUCCAUAUUUGUGGACAACAGUGCCGGAGCUCCCAUCACCAUUCAGAAUGGAUCAGAUUUCAUGGGGAUGUUAAUGGGCGCAUAACAUCACCUGCAGCGGCGUAGCAGCGAAGGACACGGAUUAGAGCCUUGCAGUGUAUAUUUGCCUGAAGAAACCUUUACUCUGACUCUGGAAGAACCGCUUCCUGCAACUGUUGGUGUCUUUUUAAGCAAGCAAAGAGCCUUUCCUUCCACAGCUACUUCAGCUUGCUUUCGGAGGCUGCUGCUUUUCAAGGUCCACAACAGUUCAUUUGUCAUAAAAAAAAAAAAUGCUUUUACAAUCCAGAAACAAACUCUGCAAUAUUUAAUUUGUGCUUUACCAGAUGCUCACUGAAAAUACACUGAGACUUGGAAUUUAUGUUAUAACUUUAUUUCACAAUAGCACUUGUAAUCAGCAUGUCUUUUGGGAUUAAUUGCGGGGUGUUUGUAAAUGAAGGAUUGAGAGGGGAAGUAAAAUAGUGACUAUAUUCUAUGUGUUGUGGAUUUGCCACCAGAUUUGCCAGCAAAACUGCUUUUUUUUCCCAUGCAAUUUUCAAUGGUAUAGUCUCUCUCUCAUUCAGAACUGGAUAUAUUUGACAAGAAGCACAUUGAAUUCUCAGAUGUCUGCUUCACAGAUUCGACUCCAAGGUCUGAACACUCUGAUCGUGAUUCUUUAUACCUAAGUACUUCCUUGAUCUCAUUGAUGAAGCCGAAUACCUCACUGCCCGUGCAGUUCUGUGUUUAUGAAAGGGUAAGGCCAACGGCACCGGUUCUUGCGUGAACUCCUUUAGUUAUGUUCUUAUGUUUUAGUAAGAUGUACAAGUGGGUUUGGGUUGCGUAGCGUGGACAGCAUCCUCUCAGGUGCCGUAUCGUCGUUUGUAAGUGUGUCAAAUGCAUUACACCGGCUGUCAAAAGCCUGGCAAAGGCAGUGAGAAUAACGGGCUCGGAUCAGACAGGCGUCACCUCUUUGGUGCUUGUUGGACUGCAGUUAAAUAAUGAAAGAAAACACAGGGCAAGGCUUGCUUCCAUCAGGUGGUCAGGGUCAUAGGGAGGCUAUCUAAGCUCUACUUGGAACUUGAAAGCGCUGUCAAAAAUCAUUCGAAAGACCAUCCAGUGAACGUUUUCUGGAUUUCUACAAAUCUCUUUGCUAAUAUAAGCAUGUGACAUCGAGCCCUCCAAGCAGCUCUGCGUGUAGCUCCAGGCUAUGAACUCAUUUUAACAAGGUAAAAGGGUGAUGAUAUUUCAUGGGGUUAAGAUGUAAUGUGGUAACAUCCUCGUAAUUAAAAAAAACCCCCAUGCAUAUUUAAUGUACCUCUGUACAUUUCAACAGACACACAGCCUUCCUAUUGAUUCAAUUUGCUAAGGAAAUGGCUGUAUAACAGUGUCAUAAAUAGGUGGUAGCAAUGCCCCAGAUGGAGUUCAGAUGCUUCUUCUUGAAGGUUUGCAGCGAAUAGGAGAUUUCCCUUGUGUAGUGAUGAAAUUUUUGAUAACUAAGAUAUCUUCGUGCAAUGAGAAUGACUGAAGGCGUGAAAAAAAGUCAUCCGUUGCUGGGUCUGUUGUUCAGGUUGGUCAAUAGGUGAUGCUUCUACAAGCUCCAGUAGCACUGUUGAGGUUUGUGGUAUGCAACGAUGUCUUCUUUCAAGAGCUGUGGAAAGCCCUGCUAUAAACCAGGCAUGGCUGAAGCUGUUUUGAUCAUCUCCAUUAUAAAUACCUGGAGACAGAUCUGUAAGGGAGGACUAAAUGGUACUUUUUUCCCUCGUGAAGAACAUAUGAAAGUUAUACCUAUUGGAGGAAGAAGCAGAGGGUACAGGGAAUAAUCAGGUAGUGUUACACAAGCAAACACGGAUAAAUUCCUCUUUCUAGUCACUGGAAUGCAGUUGUUCCUACUGGACCUCCGUAACUGUCUAAAAUAUAUCUGCUCUCAAUGUUUCUCUAUUAAUUCUUGCUCCACAAUAUGUGCCAGAAUCCCUAUGGAUCUUUUUGUAGGACACUUUGGGGAGAAUGUACCUUUAAGCAUAACCCGGGUGUUCUGCUGGCGGAGGGGAGCUCACCGCUAUUGGAAGGCGUGGCAAGUAGCACCGGGAGUCAUUUUUGGAGCUUCAGAGAGUGUAUAAACCACACAAAUAUCACUAAACCCUAUCAAUAAAGACUGUUUACACUGGGGUUUGAUGGAGUAAGUGUAGUCAGAACAAGUGGCCUACAUCCCAGUGUAUAUUACUGGACUGUACUUUGUACUGUGUGAAUAUUUGUAAUAAAUCGGGCUGUUUCGUGCAUGACUUACAGUAACAUAAUCAAAGCGUUGUGGCACUCGGCAUACGUUGUUAUAUCUGUAGGUGAUUUUAAACCAAGUCUCUCUGUUCUUGGCAAAUUGGAGUUAAAAUAUUUAUUUUGUUGUAGAACUAAAAAUGUUUGUCAGACUUUGUUGUGGGAGAUGUGACUUUUUUUCCCCCCCUUCUCUGCUAUAUUUUACUCUCACGAUCUUCUAAGUAGGAGGUGGAUUGGGCUGCCUUUAUACCUGUUCUCCCUGAUUUAUAUGGGCAGGAGUCAGACAGUCCUUAGGAACACAGCCUGAAUAGUGCGGGCUGAAAUCUCCCUUGUCAGAAGGAACGAUUCGCCUGGGGAUGCUGUCGGAGAGAGAAGCAAACCUCCGACUCUCAUGUCUUUUAGCCAUGUUGCCUUUCUGCUGCAGCCAUCAGGGAAAACUUUGCCUUGGAACGCGCUGGGGAAAGAAGGCACAUGAGCAGAGGAAAUGGACAUCGUCCCUCUGGCUUUGUCCUGAGUUCACUGUCACCACUGGAAAACUCAUUUUGGAUUUGAUCAGCUCAGGAUAGAAGGUUGUCCCUUAAGGAGCUUUCCUAUGCAUCACCAAAGGCUUUUAACCAAAAGACACGUUUAUUUUUAAGAGUCUUUUAGCUGUGGGUGCUGCCAGGCUGCAGUUUUUGCCCCGUGUGGCUUCAGCCCGCAGUCAGAGCGAGCACGAGACGGUCUGUCCAGCAGUAAGGUAGGGUAGAACGGGUGGAAACAGCCAAGCAGCAAGCGGCGACUGGGCAGCUGGUGUUGAGGUGCAGGAGUAAAACUCAUGACUAAUAUGGACACAAGCCUCCCGGCUGGGCUGCGGCCGAGACAAAUACUCUGCAAGGCUUCUGCGCUGUUUGGAGACUGAGGAGAUUAAUGGUGUGCAAAACAAAGUUUCAGUGUUGCUCUGUAGCCGUAAAAUUUAUAGCCCAAGAAAAUUUAAGGACUCUGGAGGACU